AUGGAGACUGUGUUUAGGAACGACCUUGGAGAGGGAAACAAAACCGUUCUGGAUGUUUCCCAAAUGCUCUGCAUUUCAUACAGAUCGAGGAUAAUGGCACAGAUCAUAUUCCAGAAGGUGUAUCCAAGAUUUUUCAAGAAAGAAGGCCACACAAUUGUUGCAAUUGCAAGUGUUUAUCUGUCUGCAAAGAUAAACGAAGCACUCGUGAAGCCAGAUGUGCUUUUUGAGAUGAUCUCAAGAAACAUGCCGGCCGGGACCGCACUGUCCAGGGAUAGGCUUGUGAGUGUGGAGUGCAAGAUAAUCGAGAUGAUUGAGUUCCAAUUCAAUGUGUGCCCUGCACAGCUGUUUCUGAUGAGGGUUGGAAAGACCUUGGGAAUAGAUGUUUCUCGUAAGCUUCUGGCCCUUGACGAGAUACACGGCGACAGCAGGGCAAACUUCAUCAAGUACUUUGAUGGAAUGUAUGACCCUGAGGUUGUUGCACUGAGCGUGCUGGGCGAUGAGGAGGUGCGGCUUUUUGAGUGUUACUUCGGUGUAAGGAUCGACAGGGGGCUGGUUGAGGAGGUGCGAUCGAUCAUGACGAAGAAGUGA